UGAAUGCAUACUGUACACGUCCUCACCGCCACAACCCGGUCACCGUACUCGCAUUUCGUAGUAUAAGUACGACUGAACCAACAUGCUCGACUGUUAGUUGUUGCUUAAUCGUCGCUCGGUCAUCUAACGCAUCGUCGAAGUACGAAACGAAUAGCAACGUGGCGUGUACACGAUACCUAAUUUACCAAUUUUCCUAACGUCUUCGUGACUACGCCGAACACCACAAAGGCUCCUUUUUAUCUUCAGUCGUCAUUCUAUUGAAUUGCCAUGGUUAAAGUCGUGACGUGCAUAGCACCCGUCAACAUAGCCGCCAUAAAAUACUGGGGCAAAAGAGACGAACAUUUGAUAUUGCCUCUGAACGAUUCAGUUAGUCUGACAUUGGACUGCGAUCAAAUGCAUGCUAAAACAUCUGUUAUUGCAGGACCGUUGAUAGAUAAAGACAGCGUUUGGCUAAAUGGACAGAUUAUGCCUAUUGAAACAAACGAACGUCUGAAAAAAUGCUUUCAUUUAAUAAGAAAGUUGAUCAAAAUACGAAAAGGUAAAAAUAGUCAAGAAGCUAAAUGGAAUAUAAGGAUUUGCUCUGAAAAUAAUUUUCCUACUGCAGCAGGACUAGCUUCAUCAGCAGCUGGUUAUGCAUGUCUUGUAUUCACAUUAGCUAACGCUUUUGGCUUGGUUGAUGAAGAUCUUCCCUCUAUAGCAAGACAAGGUAGUGGAAGUGCAUGUAGAAGUAUUUAUGGAGGAUUUGUUCAUUGGAAGGCUGGUAUUGAUGAUCAGGGUUCAGAUUCUACUGCAGUUCAAAUUGCUGCAGAUACGCAUUGGCCAGAAUUGAAAAUUAUCAUACUAGUGGUUAAUGAUUCUCAAAAAAAAACUAGUAGUACUGUAGGAAUGAAACAAGCAGUAAAAACAAGUGAAUUACUUAAAUACAGAGUUCAAAAGUGUGUACCUGAAAGAACAAAAGAAAUCAUUCAAGCUAUAACAGAUAAAAAUUUUGAAAAAUUUGCUGAAAUUACAAUGCGAGAUAGUAACCAAUUUCAUGCAGUUUGUUUAGAUACAUAUCCUCCUUGUGUUUAUUUAAAUCAAGUAUCACAUGAUAUUAUAUCUUUUGUUCAUGAUUAUAAUGAAGCUGUUGGCCAAAUCAAAGUUUCUUAUACAUUUGAUGCUGGCCCAAAUGCUUUUUUAUUUAUUCAGCAAAAUGAUUUGAAUUUAUUUAUGUCAGAAUUAGUUAAUGUUUUUCCAUCAAAACAACCCGAUUCUUCAUAUUUACAAGGAAUUGUGUCAACAUUACCGUAUAAAGUAAAACCAUAUGGGUUUAAACCCAAAGAUAAAGAUCUUUUGAAGUAUAUCAUGGUCACUAAAUUAGGUAGUGGUCCAAGAUGUGUUAAUGACCAUUUAUUAAAUGAUGAUGGUACUCUUAAAUCAAACAACUAAAUUUUAAAUUGAUCAAG